AUGAGAUUCUUAUUCAUUGUCUGGUUACUCAGUGUAAGUGUCUGGGCCCUUGCCGUCCAAAAAGAGUUCCAAUCACCUAAGUACCAGUUGAGUGCCAGAGACGACACCGUCAGGCAGCUCAAGGUUGCGAAGGAUAUUUUAGGAGCACUUAAGAAGUUGACAGGUAAGGAUUCCAGUGAAGAUGAGUGCGAUUCGCAGCCACUUGAGGAUGAUGCAGAUAAAUCCAUCAACCAGGAAACUCCAGCAUCAGUACCAGUUGCACCAAUUCCUACUUCUGCUCCUCCUACUUCUGAACCUACUAAACCAGCACCCGGUCCUAAAAGUUCCCAAUCACCAAAAAGUUCUCCCAAACAAAAAGCUAAAUUGGCAGCUGCUUCGGCUAAAGUUAAGUUUUUGGAUUUUAUUAAAGCCAAGAUUGCUGGCCUUUUGUCCAAAGCUAAGCUGGCUGCCAAAGCCAUGGUACAGAAGAAAGUGAACAAAGUCAAAGAGGCUGCCGUCCAUAAGCUUUCACCUCCAGCCAAAAGAGAAUUGAGUGAAUGGGCCGACUUGGAAAAAAGUUUGGAGUCCAACAUUACAAAUUUUCAAUCGAACACUUCAAGCGCAUUAGCCACCAUGGAUUCAAGUGUUGCAGAUACCUUAGAUUCCAGAGGGUUGGAAGCCAGAACUACUACUGAGGACGUGAUGACACAAGUGUUUGUCGCACUCAAAAGGUCAGGACUCAUUAACUACGUGAUUCGUCUGUCACUUACUGACGAAGAGGUGAGGGCAGGAGUGGCUGACAUCACCAUUGAGUUGAUUCGCGCAGAUGUCAUUCCGUACAAUGAAGUUUUCCGCGCAUUGCAGGAGUCGGGGUUGGCAUUGGAUGUGGUGAGAUUUUCGCUUACAGAUUCUGAUACACGCCUGGGACUUGUGCAGUUGGUGAUGGAGUUGGUUCCACAGUUGGUGGAGAUAUGCUCGCCUUUUGCACUUUCACAGGCGGACUUUUCUGGUUUUGCCGCCGUGAGUUCUGCAAGUGUUGAAGUUUCGCCUCUGUCGUUAGCCGAGCCAACGUCAUCUUAA